UCAUAAUAUAGUCAAUAGCAAAUAAGCUAAGCUAACGGCUAUAAUUCCGCUUCUUCCACUCUUCACUUUCCCCCUUCAUUGACAUUUCUACCGGAAAACUUCAAAAGGCCGGCGAAUAAAUCGGAUACUGUUUCAAUUUUCCGACAUGUAACCAAGUCAUACAACCAAGCUCCGAUAUCCAAUUCCGGGAAAUGCAGGGAGGAUAAUUAAGAAGAAAAAAAAAAGAUCCCCCUUUUUUUUUUUAAUCAAAUCCUUCCCUUACCAUGUAGCAAUAUAUAAGCUUUUAUUCUUUGACCCAUUUGCCUUUUGAUUCUUUCCUACUGGUAAAGAAUCCACUAUCCUGUGGAAAAGCAAAAAAAAAAUUUGUCCCCAGAGCCUAAGCAAUCUAGUUUCUUUGCACCCUUUUGUGCGUGUGACCUGUUUGAUAAAAUUCCCCAAAGAAUUGAAUUGUUGAAGGUUUACUUAGAUUCUUGAUCUUUAAGCUCUGUAUUUCUGAGGAGUUUUGGAUCAAUAUUUAUUUGGGUAUUUCAUUUAUUGCAGUUUAGGAUUGUAAAAGUUUGAAUCUUUGGUCUUGAUUGCUUUGAGUUCCUUUUAUUUGUAUUUUGGUUUUACCUAUUUUCUGUUCUUUGUUUUCUGGGUAAGAAAGGGUAGAGUCUUUUGGUAAAAGGGGAAUUACAUUUCUGCAUUGAGGAUUUAAGAUUAAGCAACCUUGUACAUGGUUGAUGCCCUGUUUGAGAUAUUUGAACACUCAUAUAGUCAUUAAGGAGGAUAGGGGUUGAAGAAAAUCUUGAGGCUGGUGUGUAAAGCCUUGGAUAAUCAUCACAAUGUCUGCUGUUGAUGUGGCUUUGAGUCCGGUUCAGGAAGAGUCUGUCCGGGCUACAAGACAUAUCUAUGGCCCAUUGCCGCUUUGCACAAAUGAAUCAAUUGUAAUAUAUAUCACUGUGGCUGGUUCUGUGAUUCCAAUGCGCGUGUUGGAGUCUGAUUCGAUUGGUGAAGUGAAACUUAAGCUCCAAACUUGUAAAGGGUUUGUAGUUAAGAUGCAGAAGCUAGUUUUUGGUGGCAGAGAGCUGGCAAGAAAUGAAUCAUUGGUCAGGGACUAUGGAGUCAGUAAUGGGAAUGUGUUGCAUAUGGUCUUCAAGAUCUCUGAUCUCCUCGUCAUCACUGUUAGGACCACUUGUGGCAUGGAAUUUGAAUUCCCUGUUGACAGGCAUCAAGAUAUUGGGUACCUUAAACGUACCAUAUUGAAGAAAGGUAAAGACUUUGGUGAGGAACUUAAGGUUCAAGAGCUAUUCUGUAAUGGUGAGAAGCUUGAGGAUCAGAAGCUCAUCGAUGAUAUUACUGCUGAUGCAGUGAUUCACUUGGUAGUUCAGAAAUUUGCAAAGCUUCGGGCUAAGCAUGCCGAGAGGGAUGUUGAACUUUCUGUUGUUGCAGCUAAUUGGCAUGAGGAGACCCAAAGUCAGGGUGAACAUGAACCAUCCAGGGAGUUACAGUCCUUCUCCAAGAAGACACCUGAUACAAAUUUGGUGUUGGAACCUUUUGUUGUUGAUCCAAAUGUUGAACUUCCAGGAUAUAUCUGGGACAUGAUCAACUCUGCAUGUGAUGGAUUGACGAAAGGCAAUAUACCUAUCCGAUCAUCUGAAGGGACUGGAGGAACUUAUUUCAUGCAGGACGGGUCUGGCAACAAGUAUGUUGCCAUUUUUAAGCCUAUUGAUGAGGAACCGCUAGCUGUGAAUAACCCUCAAGGGCUACCUUUAUCUACCAACGGUGAAGGGUUGAAAAGGGGAACCCGAGUUGGAGAAGGUGCAUUCAGGGAGGUUGCAGCUUUCCUUCUGGACCAUCCAAGGACCGGGCAACGAACAUUGUCCAAUUGUGAGAUAGGCUUUUCCGGUGUGCCUCCCACUGUUAUGGUUCAGUGCUUGCACAAUACAUUUCAUCAUCCUGAUGGAUUUGAGUGGUCAUCUGAAUAUACCAAAAUUGGCUCACUGCAGCUGUUUAUGAAGAAUGAAGGAAAUUGUGAGGAUAUGGGUCCAGGGAUAUUUCCUGUUGAGGAAGUCCAUAAGAUUACUGUCUUUGACAUAAGAACAGCAAAUGCUGAUAGGCAUGCUGGGAAUAUUCUUGUGAGCAGGGAAGGGAAAGAAGGACGAAUCGUGCUUACACCAAUUGACCAUGGCUACUGCUUGCCUGAGAAUUUUGAAGAUUGCACCUUUGAUUGGCUCUAUUGGCCACAAGCCCGUAAACCUUACUCUCCAGAAACUAUCAAGUAUAUCAAAUCACUGGAUGCUGAACAAGACAUCGGCCUUCUUAAAUUUUACGGAUUGGAUUUGUCUGUUGAAUGUGCUCGUACUCUUCGUAUCUCAACCAUGCUUCUGAAGAAAGGGGUAGAGACAGGACUUACACCAUUCGACAUUGGAAAUAUGAUGUGCAGGGAAACCUUGAACAAGGAAUCUGUAAUCGAGGAAAUCAUUCGUGAUGCUGAAGAUUCUAUGCUUCCUGGCAUGACUGAAGCUACAUUUCUUGAAACUGUCUACAAGCUCAUGGAUAUCAAGCUUGAGAAGCUAAAAUAUAAAUCUUCCUAAGGAUUGUAAGUAUGUAUCUUCAAUUCUGUUGUAUGUAUAUAGCGUUCGGUCCAUAUAUAUAUAUAUAAAUGGACUGAAUGGAGAUAGAAAAGGUUGAUGACUGACCUUGUCCGUCUAUGGUCGGAAACCUUUUUUUCCCUCUCAACUUCUGUUCAUUACCAAUAAGGUGGUUAUUCAAAUAUGGAGCAGAAGUUGCAAUAUGCAAUAAAUAAUAAAUAAAACAAGCUGUUAUUUGUAAAACAGUUGUCAUGUAUCCUUUCUCAAUGAGUAAAGUGAUACUGAAUUUUAUGUACAAAAGCUAUCAAAUGCCUUCUCUCA